AUGGCCGGGCGCCACGGCGCCCCCGCCGAGGGCCCUCGCGGCGGCGCCGCCGCAGAGGCCCCCGGCGGUGCUGGCGCCGAAGGCGCGGCCAGCACGCCGCAGAUGCCGCGGCGCGGGCUCGAGCGGCAGCGCUCGGGAGAGGCGGCGGCCCUGCCCCGCGGGCAAGCCGACGGACAAGAUCCCGGGGGGCGCCGACGCUGGAGCCUGCUGGACAAUGCCAUCGAGUCCCGGGCCAAUCGGGACGAGUGGACGUUCGGCGUCUACUGCGUGAGGGUGCGCGAGGCGCAGGCGGGAGGGCCCGGCGACUGCGAGCUGCCGGCGCCCCGCGGAG